AUGAAAAAAUGUGAUGUUUUGAAAUCGGUGAUGUUUGAGAAGACUUCGGACCCGACCCGACCCGACCCUGCCAUGUCCGCCAUUGCUACUGCUGCUCUGACUCUCCCCAUAUCAUUAUCCCGUUCAAACAAGUUUAACAGCAAAAGGUGUGUAAAGGGAGGCUUUGGAGUGUUUGCCAUAAUUGGUGAGGAAAGUGGAUUAGUCGCGAGGAGAAGUUCUUGGACGACACUUUUUGAUGUGGCAGACCCACGUUCUAAUGCCCCGCAGUAUAAAGGCAAGUUUAUUGAUGUGAACCAGGCUUUAGAGUUAGCUAGAUAUGACUUACAAUAUUGUGAUUGGAGGGCUCGGCAAGAUGUUCUCACGAUUAUGCUUCUGCACGAAAAGGUAGUGGAAGUAUUAAACCCUCUUGCUCGUGAGUUCAAAUCGAUUGGAACUCUUAAAAAGGAACUUGCGGAGUUACAGGAGGAACUAGCACGAGCACAUAAUCAGGUACAUAUAUCGGAAGCAAGAGUAUCGACUGCUUUGGAAAAGCUAGCUUAUAUGGAAACACUUGUUAAUGAUAAAAUAAUGCGAGACCAAAAAACAACAGAAACUCCUGAUAAGAUGAAGAGCAAAAAGCCCAGGAAAAACCUCAACGUGUCGGGACCGGUACAACCUUACAAUGACCGUCUGAAAAAUUUUUGGUACCCUGUAGCUUUUUCCUCAGACUUGAAAGACAACAACACAAUGGUCUUGAACGAGGACUUAAGGCUCGUAUUAGGCCAACAAGAACGCAUGCUAAAUGGCGCUAAUGUAUGGAAUUGGCCCGUUUCGUAUGAUAAGCUUGGAGUAAGAUAUAGGCUGUGGAGAGACUUUGUCGAGAAUGGAGAGUCAAAAUGA